GGACAUACAGCAGGUUUACCUCUGCAAAGUAGAGGACUGCAGGUGUUCAGAGGAAAGUUCAUUGUGAUAACUUAAGGACAGAGAGCUGAAACUAAGAAGUCCUGUAUCAGUCUUGGGACUUUCAUCUGAGCAAAGGAAUUUAUUUUAUUUUCUGGAUACCUAACCAAGUUUUAUAGAUUGUAAGUGUUAGAACAUAUGCUUAGGUGAGAAAGAGCAAUUGUAGAUGUCUGGCGCCCUUCAGACAUUGAAGAACUGAACAAAGAGAAUUUUUGAGAGGUUGAGAGAGAGGGGAAGGAGUAUUAACAAAUUAGCUACGUUUACCUGGAAAUAGAUUUAGUCAGCCUUACUGUACUUAUCACAGGGAUCAUAUGCAACUCUGAUCAGGAUGAUAAGCAGGAGAGAUGACGUGCCUCCCACCUCCCCCAGCUAAACUCAGCUAGCAGAGGUGCUUCCUCUAUGCAACGCCCACUCUGAAGAAGAUACUGUCUGGAAUGGGGCGAAAUGUGCAGCAGACUGGCCUUCACCUGUGCAUUAUUGCUGUGCUGCUUCUUGGUGAAGGACAAGGGAGAGAUUUCCCUGGCAGCCUGAGCUGCCUGAAUAACUACGUGACUACUGUGAGCUGUACGUGGGCACCUGAGGAGCCCGUGGGUGAUGGACCUUUCCACCUGCAUUUCACAAACCUCUGGCCAAAGGGCCAAAAUGCCAGCUGCCAGCUGACUGCCAGAGACAGCAUGCAGGAUCAGUACCACUGCACCAUGCGCUUAGCAAGACAGAUCUUGGAAACAGAUGGUUACAGAGUCUCUCUCCAAGGCAACUUCUAUGGAAGCAAUCACACAUAUGUUACCUUUCAGGAGUACAGUCCCCGCCAGCACAUAAAACUUGAUCCACCUUUGAACAUCCAGAGCAAUGUUACUGCCAGCAAGUGUCAGAUAUGGUGGAUUGUGCCUUCCUACCUCGAUGAAAUUCUCCAGUACCAGUUGCAGUACAAGGAGUACAGCUCGUCAUGGGAGACUGCACAGAACAAGACACCACCCAGUUCACUACCACAAAUAGAAAUUGAAGGCACAGAAUUUCACAGUGGCAUCUCUUACGUUGCACGAGUUCGCUGCAAAGUUUCUGAAAUUGAGGAUUCAUACCACAGUCAGUGGAGCGACUGGAGCCAGACAACAGUAUUUCAAAGAGAAGGUGCAUCCAAACUGUCUGAAAACCUCUUUGAUACCAGAACAUUCGAGUUCUUGAUCAUUCCUCUGAGUUUUGGCACCCUACUCUAUUUAUUUUGGAACUGCAAGCUUUCUUCAAGGCCAAAAGUCCUCUCCUGCCUUAAUAUUCCCACACCAGCUGCUUUCUUUCAGCCACUCUAUAAUUUGCACAAUGGGAAUUUUAAGGACUGGGUUGGACCCAAUGAGGCUUGUAGCCAACUCAAAAGAGAAGAGGCAAGCAACUCAAACAAAGUGACUGCAGAUGAAGUUUCUGAGCUAAGCAUCCAAGAACUGAUUUCCCAGAUUUCCCCGAGACCUAUGGAAAGCACAAAUUUGGCUGCCGAAGAAGAGAUGAUUGCCUUUGCCUCUGGUCCAAGCCAGCAGCAUGUCCCCAGCAGAUGUGUAAGAGGAGAAGAGAUAGAAGUCAGGCCAGCAGUGCUGGUAACCCAAAACCAUGCUAAUGAUACAAUUGACCUGAAAAUCUCUGAAAAAAUUAAAGCCAAUCUUGAGAGCUCUAGUGUGGGAAGGAGUUAUCCCUCCCACUUACAGCCUGGAAAGAGUGACUGUAUUAUGCUUCAGGAAUCUUUGGAGGUGGCAAGUGUGUCAUUCAGCAGUAACGACUACUGCACCUUGUGUGAUAGUGAUACCACUGAAGGUUUGAUUCCUGCUGAACUAUUGAAGCUCUCUGAUGGAAAUGGUCUGGCCAAAUGUGAGAAUGAUCAGAAUGACCUUCCCUGAGGAAUGCUGCCCACAAAGGUAUCUGUGUUGCCCUCACAUCUCCCAUUAGUGUCUUCACAAAUGGCUUAAGUGGUGACUGUGCAGACAAUUACAAUUGUGUAACUACAUCCCUUUUUAGACCAAGAUUUUGGUCUGGCUUGAUGCAGUGUUUCCAAAUUUCAGACCUUCAGAAUGAGAAGAAUGCUUCCUAAUAUUGUCAAAUCAGAUGUAUCUUAAAUCUCUCAUAUCUACACAGCCCUUGCAUAUAAACACGUCUGCACAGAAACUGAACCAGUUUGAUGAGGUCUUGUUUGCUUUAAGAAGGUAUUCUAAACUCUUAUUACUAGCAAAAGUGUAAUGUGAAGAACUAUAGUCAGAUACAAACAUAAGGAGAAGUAGGUCAGGCUAUGGAGAGAAUCUAAAACUUAAGAUAGAGAAGCAAAAGCAAAUAGAGAGAUUGAAUGUGGUGAGAAAUGACAAAAAUGAAAAGCCAAGAAAGAUGCUGCCUUUGUCCAUCAAGCAAGGACAGAAGACUACAGGAACUGAGUAUGGAG